UUCAGAGUUAGCUGGGAAGAUACUCACCAUGUGGUAGCAAAUAUAACUGGUGGCUAUACAUUAUACACAACUCCACUACCAUCCAGUGGUCCAUUAAUUGCUUUUAUGCUUAAUGUGCUCAGUGAACGUUAUACAGAAGACCAUGAUAUUUACUGGCAACGUGUGAUCGAAACGUUCAAGCAUGCCUAUGGGCAAAGGUCCAAUUUGGGUGAUUUACAGAACGAAUCGGAAAUGAGUCAGACAAUAAACGAAACCUUGAUUAAUUUAUUAAGUCACGAUUUCGCUGCAGAAAUUCGUUCUCUAAUUUUGGAUGACAAAACUUUUAAUGAUUAUGCAUACUACGGUGCGAACUUCACAGUAGAGGAAGAUCAUGGCACUGCAAAUAUGGCUGUCUUAGCGCCAAACGGUGAUGCAGUAACUAUAACGAGUACUGUUAAUAACUAUUUUGGUUCAAAAGUAGCUUCAAAACGUACUGGUAUAAUUUUGAAUGAUGAAAUGGAUGAUUUCUCUACACCGGGCGUAAUAAAUAGUUUUGGUGUUCCGGCAUCUCCAGCAAAUUACAUUAAGCCCGGUAAACGACCUAUGUCAUCUAUGUGUCCAGCUAUUGUACUGGAUAAAAAUGGUAAUGUACGUAUGCUGGUUGGUGCAGCUGGUGGCACUAAAAUUACCACAUCUGUCGUAUCGGCUAUUAUUAAAUAUCUUAUCUUCAAUGAUACAUUGUCUGAAGCUAUAGAUGGCGGACGUAUACAUCAUCAACUGGCACCAAUGGUUAUAGAUACUGAAUCUGAAGUACCUCAAAGUGUACAAAACUACUUAAGAAAAGUGGGCCACGACUUAAAUGUUUUAGGAGCUGGAAGUGGCUUUGCUGCUGUGACAGCAAUAGGCGUACGCGAUGGUAUACCUGAACCCUUCUAUGAUCACAGACGUGUGGGUAGUAAAGUGCAGUUACAAGCAAAGAAUAAAAUGCAACAUUAGAAAUAGGAACAAAACUAACUUUCUCAAAAAGUGCUUGUUUAAGUCAUUGUAAACUUCUAUCUCAGGACUUCUGUAAUAGUAAUUAUUGCUAUAUCAAUUUAAGAAUAAUUCUACCUUCAUGUAAAUAUAUUAAAUUCUAUAGUUAUUUUAGUCUUUGUUAUCUAAUGUUUCAUCUAAUGUUGUUUAAAGCAGUGAGAUAUGUAUAUAUUUAGUUAUUAUUGCAAUAUAUAAUUAUUGUCACCAGAUAAGAUAAAUAAUUUAUCCCAAAUUGUAAUAUAGAUAAUUUAAGAGUAAUUUAAAAGGCCAUAUAAUUGCCAUUUAAGCCACAAACAUUCCAUGAUAUUUAGGAGAGAUAAUGUGGUAUAUUUUAUAUCUACACAUAAAAUUUUAUAUAUAUGUACAUUUA